AUGAGGAAGCCAAGUACACUUAAAGCAGAAGCUUGGUUUAAUGGUUGGUUGCUAUAGUAACUUUAAGUAAAUGAGUUAAGAGAUGUCAGAGAUUUCAACUUAUAAAUUAGCUGUCAUUCUUUCCAAUAUGACUAAACCCAGUUUGGUGAUUUCAAUUAAUCACUCGACAUAAUUCUUCGUUGUUCAUAAUAUGUUAACAACUCACAGUUUAAUUUAUUUUAAUUUUUGAUUUACAGAUUUCAUUGAACAUAGCGCAGAUUGCAUACCGAACGAAGACAAAUACUGUCUGCCAAGGUGCUUAACUAAAUGGGAGGUUUACCUAACCUACGUUGACGACGACCUUAAAACUGCUGGCAAGCACCCUGUCUCUUGGGCAACCUUCUCUCGAAUGUGGAAAAAACAAUUCAGGAAUGUGAUUAUACCAAAGGUACGGAUAAAAGUUGAUGGCAGUCCAAAAAGGGUUGACAUAAGGCUCCAUAUAUGAGCAACCACACUAAUUUUAACCUUUCUUUUAAAUAGGAAAACAAGUUUACAAAAUGUGGUGUCUGUGUGACCCUAAAGUUAUGUUACAACGGAUAAGGAUAAGAGAAAGUCAUUGUCAUUUAAAAGAAAGGUGCACAAUGAACAACAAAUGUAAGUCUAUACUAAGUUGUGCUACUUGUAAACAAACUUGUCACCACAAAUUAUUUUGCACAAUAGAAUUUCGGUUCCCUGAGUUAUACUGAUUUCUCUACUAUUUUGAAAACUGAGUCUCCUCCAGUGAUACUUUUGAGUACUCCCUUUCAGGUUGUUUUCUGAACUAUCAAGGUGCCGGUGUAUAUCUGUUUUUUUUUUUUUCCUGUAUCAAAUAGGUGUUACUGUGAUUUGUCCUAAUAGUUAUGCCACAAACGUUUUCUCUUAUGUCAUUCAAGGGCUGAAAGAAGAGCGUAUUAUAGCAAUUGUUUAAAGGCUGAACUCGAUCCGGACCAGUAUCUGUCCAUUAUAAUUGACGAAGCUGUAAUUGUCGGCCAAAUUUGUUCCCUCAUGGUUCCUAAACAGUUCAGAAUGAACAACACAUGCAUGAUCGAGGUGGUAAAUUGAGAAUGAAUUAGAAUUCCCACAUAAGCAACGGUAAGAAAUACAUUCUUAUUUUAUAACUUAUUGUUUCUUCAUAGGAUGAAGCUUAUCACUUGUUGAGAACCGACGUCACCGGGGCUAUUUCGCAUGGAGACAGUAGAAUUUUCAGCUUUAUAGACUUAAUGCGAUGGCCACAUGAUUCGAACCUGACGUUGAAUGUCCUGUUACAGAUAUUUGUGGAACUAUCUGAGGUACCUAAGUUAAUCGAUCAAUUAUUCCUGAAAACUGACGAUUUUGUGUUUAUAGAACACGUUAAAAUUGAUAAUCCUGGGUCUUACUUCUAUAACAUGUUUCACCCUGCUAACAGAGUCGCUUCGAACUUUCCCGACUUGUCUAGCAAAGAUCGAAGUGACUCGAUCUGCUAGCAGCGUCAGUACAAGCCGUUAACCAUGGUACUGAUGCUAAUUUGUAAUUGUGAUUGUUGUUUUCCACUUAUCACGGCAAACCUUCAUAAGAACAGUACAAGACUAAGCGCAUCAUAACCGUUUUGAUGUGGUUUUUCACUGUUUUUUUUUUUUAGGAAGGACGCUUACCCCCGUUCCUAUUCCUACAGAUGGAUAAUUGUUAUCGAAAAUGCAAGAAUCGCUAUAUUCUUGGCUUUUGUUCGCUUCUUGUAGAGAAAGAGAUUUUUCAGGAGGUAAGUGCCAAAGACAACUAUAAAGUAACAGCGUCAGCUGUAAUAGUAUAAUUCGAUUGAUUUAGCCAAGAAUUUCCACGAUACGUUUUCCCUUCGGUCAGAAAGCGCUCAAGUAUGUAGUUCAGUUUCCUUUCUUUUUGUUCUUUGUAAAACCAAAUUUUUUUCGCCUUUUCAGGUUCGCCUGUCUGUUCUUAUGGUAGGUCAUACACAUGAAGACGUUGACCAGGUAAGAGCACUGAUUUGAAUUAACUUUGCAUUCAAAUUUGAACGAGAAUGCUGGUUUAACAUGAAGACCUAACAACUUUUUAGCUCAUAACUUGUAAUGUGUAAGGAAAAAUGCCUAAGGCAGACGAGCUUAUUUUUCAUCCGCUCUUUAGAAUUUUCCAUUGCACAAAGAAUAUCUGUUACUCGGAUAACACUUAAUGCUGUCCAAAAAUAAUUUCCCCUUUAAGUUCAAGUAAUUUUGCUCCAGUGAGAGGCAAAUGGACCAUAUGCUAAACAAUAAGGGAAUUUGUUUUGAAACUGUGUACUAAAACAAAAGUGAUGACGAGAACUGAAUAGAAAGCUAUAAAACAUAAGUAUAAAAAAUCUACCCAAUUCCCAACAUGCCUUUUUUCCAGCUGCAUCAAUAUUCAUUUUCAUGCAGUCUAAUAAAUUUCUUUUCACCCUUUCAUUUUCAGUUUUUAAGUAGAAUUUCAAAACGACUCCACAUGAAGGACUCGAUGACGUUGCCCGCUUUAGUGAGGAACAUCCAAAAAGCCCAUACCCCAGCUCCAGACGUCCGCGUGAUAGAAUUCAUUUUUGAUAUUAAGGCAUGGAUUGAACCACUCCUAAACAAAAUAAAAAAUCAUGUGUACCCUCAUACGUAUAGAUUCUUUAAGAGAAAUGGCCAAGUCCGAAUGAAAUACAAAAACUGGGCAAGUGAUGAGACGUGGCUUCCGGAGGGUCCUGGGCAACGCAUGUUGAGCAGUACACCACGGGGAAUCCCUCCCCUAGUCAGGCCUGGUACAAAGAAGUUGUUGCCAAUCAAAGACCUGGAGGAGUGCGUGAAAAAGUGCAAACGCUUGACACACGAAGACAGGCAAUGGUGGUCCUCUUUUAUCCUCGCUGAGAAAGCAUUCCGUGCGAAAUGGGAAGCUGCUUCUGCCAAAUUUCUCAGUGAGGGUAAAAGAGCAGAGUGGCACCUCAACAAAUUGAAGAGGCAUCGCCCGAUUAAGGAAGCUACAACAACCGACCCGGACCAACAACAGCGGGAAGAAACCCUGAAUGAUCUUCUUAGGAAAGCCGAUCAUUUCCCACAAGUGAGUCAGUAAUUUAGUACUUAAUGCACAAAUGUGGUCUUUCAUGGUUUUUUUGUACAGGCAUUGUGACAUAACAUUCGAACCCCGUACAUUUGGGCUCUAAGGUUACCAUAGAUAGUAUUGGUAAAAUAAGGGUGUCUUGUAAUAAGCGUUGAAGUCAAAAUUAAUCAACUAUUGAAACAAUACCAAAUAAAUAAAACAAAUCAUUAUCCCACGAAGACGUUAUCAUCCUAUCCAUUCAGUGCAAUACAGUUUAAUAUGUCCGUGAAAACACUAUUGACAUACAACGGAACUUGUAUAGUAAUCGGGAGAACAAGUUGUUGACAAAAUAGUGAGAAAUUAAAGACAAGACUUUAUCAAACCUAAAAUACAGAUACAGUGCUGCUGUCAGCCCCUGGUCGCCUUGAGUUUUUGUAAGUUAUCAAUGAAAUAAUUUAUGUCUGGCUUGGGGAGAAGCGUCGGGAGCUUCAACUUAAUUUUCAUUUUCUACAUUUUUGCUGACAGGUCACGGUGCAGGAGAAAAGGAAAAACAGAGGCGACGGUGCUCCAAGAAAAAGGCAGAGGAGAUCUAAAGAGAGCAUUUCCUCUUAA